ACCAGAACUGAGAUCAGAAAGAAAAAUCUUGCCAUUUGGAAUAAGACUUGCAUUGAUCUAGAAGGAAUAGUCUUCUUCAAAGAGAAGGAGUACCUGCAGGCAUAGAAGGAAGAGAAAAGACUGGAGCAGAAUGGAUAUAGCAUCCCCUUCUCCUUUCGCUUUCUUACCACAAAUCAAUGCAACAUCCACUGGCAAAAACAGAACCUGUUACGAUUCCGGCAUAAAUGAAGAAGUGCUUAUUUUUGCAAUCUUCACUAUGCUUUUUUGUGUGUUGGGAAUGUUGGGCAACGGCCUCGUGAUCUGGCUGCUGGGCUCCUCCGUGAAGAGGAACACUUUUGCCAUUUAUAUUAUCAACCUCUCUGUUGCGGACUUUGGUUUUCUCACCUUUGAGCUGAUUAUCGAAAUCCACUGGCUUUUUACACAUUUGUACUGUGACUUUCCCUAUGAACUCUUCCAAACGGGCUUGCUGUUAAUGUACAGUACGGGGCAAUUUCUCCUGACCGUCAUCAGCAUCGACAGGUGUGUUUCGGUCCUUUUCCCAAUUUGGUAUCGAUGCCACCGGCCAGUGCACCUGUUCACUACUGUGUGUGCUGUCAUCUGGGCCAUUUCCUUCAUCCUCUCUUCCAUUCAUUUUACAAUUAUAGCAGUUGAUGGAUUUGGAAACAGUUAUACCCUGAUGUAUCAGUUCAUCGUUAACUCUGUGCUUUGUCUCCCACUUAUGACCAUCUCCAGUGUGGUAUUAUUUGUCAAAAUCUACUUCCUAUCCAAAAUCCAAAGGCGGAGGAAGCUUUUGACAGCUGUUUUGCUCACGCUUUUCUUCUUUUUAGUCUUGGCUUUUCCACUAAAUGCCUUUUAUUUUAUUCUAUAUGUUUUCAAAUAUAUACAUCCCAACCUUGUACAUUAUGGCUACUUAUGUACCUGUAUCAAUAGCAGCAUUAACCCUCUGAUCUAUUAUCUAGUGGGGAGACAGAAGGGUAAAACUCAGCGAAACAUCAAAGAUUUGCUUCAGAAAGUUUUCAAGGAGGAAGAAAAUUCUAGUGAUCAAAUGGAAACUUCAGAAGGUUCCAAGAUCUGAACUCUUUAAUUUCAUCAUUGUCAUUCAUAAGAUACAAUUAUUUAUUUCCAAGCAAGCCCAUAAUUUCCUUUUUUAUUUAAUGGAAACUGAUCUCUAUCCUGAUUAAUUUGUGCAUGAAUCCACAAUUUGUGCAGACAAUUAUCUUUGUGCAAUAUCAAAAUAUUUUUCAAGUAACCUAAUUACCUAGUAUCUCCAACCUGAUGAUUAAUUAGCUUGCUUUAGGUUCAGCCUUCCCUGACCUGAGUGGCCUUCAAUUCUAUCUUUGAACUUCGAUGUCUAGCCAGUAGGACCAUUGUUGAGAAUUUUCAAAGUGGACAUUCACACUUUUCAAGGCAUUCAUCAUAGAAAGGCCAAGCCAAGGAUGGACACAUGUAGCCUUCAAAAUGUCUUAGGUUCUAUCAGGUAUAUGACUAAUGGUGAAAGAUAAUGGAAUUCUAGCUCAACUCUAUCUGGAGAAUCCUAUAUCUGUAACUCCACGAGACCAGGAUUCGUCAAAUCAACUGUAUCAAAAAGAGGACAAGUGAUACAGCAAGAUCUUAUGAAAUCGCAUUUUAAUGAAAAAAGUUGUAUGAUUCCAGCGGAAAAGUAUCAGACUGAAAACAUUUUCAAGUGGUAAUAACUAUAAACUGGCCUCUCUUCCUACAUAUGUAUAUAUAUUGUGAUUGAAAUGUUUGAAUAUUAGUAGCUCAGGUUGAUAGUUGGGCUGCUGGUUUUCUUUAAAUUAUUAUUUAUUUAUAUAUUUUCU